UCAUAUAUAUAUCAUAUAAGUAUAUAAUCACGAGAACAGUAUUUAGCUUUGUUUUUUGUGUUUGUCGCUUUCUCUAUUUAUAUUUCAUCGAAGCUAAGAUACGACAAACAGAAACGUUUUGCUUAAUUAUGGAUUACCUAACACUCGCGGCUUUGUGGUUUUUGUUACUUGGUUGUACAUUGGCGGAUAAAAGAUUAAAUGAAGUUUUAUUUAGUGGAGAUUACGAAUUUAUCGAUUUAACAUAUCCAUUUGAUAAUCAAACAAUUUAUUGGCUUGGUAGUGAAGAGUUUAAAUUUACAAAGAAAACAGCAAUGUUUCAACGUGAUGGCUCAUGGUACGCUUCAAACGACUUUACCGCUGGCGAGCAUGGUGGUACGCAUAUUGAUGCUCCUUAUCAUUUUGCGGUCCAGGGUCUACAAGUUGGACAGAUCCCACUCAAUAAACUCAUAGUACCACUUAUAAUUGUAGACAUAGCUUCCAAGGUUAAUGAUGACCCAAAUUUCGUUCUCUACAAGCACCACUUGGAUUACAUGCUGAACGACAACCUGGGCAGGCCAUGUAUAAUUAUAUUUAAAUUUGGUUGGAGCAAAUUUUCUUGGGAUAAGAAGAGAUAUUUGGGAAUAAAUAACGGAGGGCUGAAUUUCCCAGGUCUGAGUGCCGAAGUGGCCGAAUGGAUAGUAACUAGUUACAAAAAUGUCGUUGGCGUAGGUGUAGAUGUGGCGUCUGUCGACCCCGGAUCAAGCACUGAUUUCUCUGUGCACAAAAUACUUUCAAGAGCUGGGCUUUACAAUAUCGAGAAUGUGAACUUGGAGAGGUCAGUUCCAGAUCAUGGUUGCACGGCGUUAGUGAUGCCAAUGAAAAUUGCCAAAGGCAGUGGAGCCCCGCUACGACUAGUUGCAAUUUGUCCGAAACAAAAACCGGAAUUCUUUUAGGAUUUCUACACUAUAAUAAUAAAUCAUUGUCUAUAUUGA